GUAAACAUGUCAUUUAACAUUUAACAUACCCGUGACGUGUACCAUUCAAAACCAAAAAAAAACAAAAACAAGCGGUGAAAUCACAUCCAUUCAUUCAAUUCCCCUGUUUGUGUUCACACUACUCCUGUUCCAACUUCCAACCCUCCAACUCCCAAGUUUCCAACCCUUCCUUUUGUCUUCGUGCGCCUUUCAAUUUUCCCGCAAAAGGGUCGUUUCAUUUGUUCAACUUUAUGGCCCCGAUCACUCGUAGAACCUCUUUCCCCAAAGUUCUCAUUGAGAAAGACUCUGACUCAGAACAGAGUUCAUCCGAUGAAGAAGAAGAAGAAGAAAUACUCGUAGAAGAAGAAAAUGGGGUUGCUGAAAAUGCCAAGAUUAAGAAAAUGGAACUGGGUUUUGUUGCAAACAGUAAAGGGAAAACACCCAUUACUUUAUCUCUCCAAAAAGUUUGCAAGGUGUGUAAGAAGCCUGGACAUGAAGCAGGGUUUAAGGGUGCUACUUAUAUUGAUUGCCCAAUGAAACCUUGUUUUCUGUGUAAAACUCCUGGGCAUACUACUUUGAAUUGUCCGCAUCGGGUCUCUACUGAGCAUGGUGUUGUUCCGGCACCCCGCAGAAAAACAACUAAACCUUUGGAGUAUGUGUUUGAACGCCAGCUAAGACAUGCCAUACCUCUGAUCAAGCCAAAAUGUGUGAUCCCAGACCAAGUGCAUUGCGCUGUUAUCAGAUAUCAUAGUAGACGGGUAACAAGUUUGGAGUUCCACCCGACGAAGAAUAACAUCCUGUUAUCGGGGGAUAAGAAAGGACAAAUCGGAGUUUGGGAUUUUGAAAAAGUAUAUGAGAAAGUAGUCUAUGGGACCAUACAUUCUUGUUUAGUGAAUACAAUGAAGUUUAAUCCUAGAAAUGAUUGCAUGGUCUAUUCCGCAUCCUCAGAUGGAACCGUUAGUUGUACUGACUUGGAGACUGGAAUAUCAUCCUCUCCGAUGAACCUGAAUCCGGACGGAUGGCAGGGUCCGAACACUUGGAAAAUGCUCUAUGGCAUGGAUGUUAAUUGUGAGAAAGGUCUUGUGCUUGUUGCCGAUAACUUUGGUUUUCUUCACUUGGUUGACAUGCGGUCCAACAACAGGAAUGGUGAUGCAGUUCUGAUUCAUAAAAGAGGUAGUAAAGUUGUUGGUAUCCAUUGCAAUCCUCUUCAACCGGACAUCCUUUUGACUUGUGGAAAUGAUCAUUACGCUCGUAUAUGGGAUUUGCGUCACUUAGAAGCCGGGUCAUCACUUUGCAGCCUUGAGCACAAGCGUGUUGUUAACUCUGCAUAUUUCUCUCCAAUAUCUGGAAACAAAAUUCUUACUACAUCGCAGGACAACCGUCUUCGUAUAUGGGAUUCUAUCUUUGGUAACAUGGAAUCUCCUAGCCGAGAAAUUGUGCAUAGCCAUGAUUUCAAUCGCCAUUUAACACCCUUCAAAGCUGAAUGGGAUCCAAAGGAUUCAUCUGAGUCACUUGCCGUUGUUGGCCGUUAUAUAAGUGAAAAUUUCAACGGUGCAGCGUUGCAUCCUAUUGAUUUUAUAGAUAUCAGUACAGGGCAAUUGGUAGCGGAAGUCAUGGACCCAAACAUCACGACAAUCAGUCCGGUGAAUAAGCUUCAUCCACGCGAUGAUAUUCUAGCUACUGGAAGUUCUAGAUCUCUAUUCAUUUGGAAGCCCAGGGAGAGAUCCGAGCCCGUUGAGGAGAAAGAUGAAAGGAAGAUUAUUGUAUAUGGAAAAGCAGAGAAGAAACGCGGCAAGAAGAAGGGUGAUGAUAGCGAUGAAUCCGAUGAUGAUGAUGGAUUUUCCAAGCUCAAGAAGCCAAAGUCCAAGCAAACUGAGUGGAAAUUGGCUCGCUGUUCGAAAAAAGGAUAAUCACUAAAAUAUUCAGAUUUUUUUGUGUUUGAAGGUUUUUCUAAUCCAACUGCUAACCCUGUAUAGGUUACCAUGCACCCUUCAUAGUUUUGUUUUUUGAGGUUGGGGCAGUGAUUUUGUGUAAGAAUGCAAGCCUGGAUGGCUUUUUAUGUGACUCACUUUUUUUUGUACCAAGUGUAUCUUUUUCAUAUUAAAGUUGUUGGUUUUUAUUGGAUU